UACUGGAUGUUUUUAAGACAAGAGAAGGAGUUCUUUGCAGUCGGCGGAGAACAUGGGGGACUUUUAUGACCCGGAGCACCCGACAGAGUGUGACAUCACCUCGGAGAGCUCGCUGCUCUGAGCUGGUUUGCGCCCGGCCAGCAGCAGCAGCAGCGCACAGCGCACAGCGGCACCGGGCCGUAACCCCAGACCAGCUGUAAAUGGAUACGCUUGUGGAGACGGAGAUCAGGGAGGAGGGAGGUGAUGCUUCGGCAAAAGAGGAGAAUCACUCCAAACCAGCCCUACUCAAAGGACUGGUUUCCAAAGGGUUGUCCUCUAGCCGCUUCCUGCCCAAGGGCACCAAGACGAAGGUGAAUUUGGAAGAGCAGGGAAGGCAGAAGGUCUCCUUUAGCUUCAGCAUGACCAAGAAGCCGCUGCAGAACCGCUUCUUAGCCCCACUCAGUCCAGAAAAACCUGCUAGUGAUUCCCAGAUCUCCGUUUUGACAUCUGUGGCUGUGUCUGCACCCACCCAGGAUAAAGUAGGGCAGCAUCCAGAAAGCAGGAGUGAGCAAAUUGAGCCACUGUCACUUGUAGCAGAGUCCAUAACACCCUCACCUUUUGUGCCCUCGCCCUUAAAACCGAAAUUGGACCUGGGGAAAAUGCACUUCAAAAAACAGCUUCUCAGUGUCACGGCUAAACUUGAAUCCACAGGAGAGAAGGAGGAACCUCUGCUAGUUCCAAGCAUGGCAGUGGGAGCGCCUUCUGAGGCAGAGCUGCAAGUGGAACUCAAAACUGCAGCCAAAGCUGAAACGGAAUCCCAGACCCCAAAUGCUGUUGAGCACAGCACCCUAGAAGACUCUGUAAAGGAGAAGCCAGGCCUCUGUCAACAGAGCCCAGGAAAUACUUCCCAUAUUGGGAAAGAGGAAAAUGAUACAGAAGGUCUGAAAAAUGUGCAGUGUACAGAAACCUCCGACCCCAGGAAAAACCAGCCUCAACUAGAGAACACCCUUCCUGGUUCUGAGUCUGAUGGCGAUUCAGUGCGGACGUCUUCCAGCCACAAGUCUGGUGAUAUCAAAAGCAGCACGGCACAUGCAGAGAGCAGAAGUAAGGAAGUUAAGAGGAACUCCUCAGUUUCUAAAGGAGAAGAAUCUGAGAAAUCCUCUUAUUCCCGCACCAGGUCUGAAAAGGAUGACCGUCACUCGAGCUAUUCAAAGUCAGACAGGGAGUCAAGACACACAUCAUUACGGUCUUCUCGAUCAGAGAGACAGAGGAGGAGGAGUAGGAGCAGGACACGCUCCCGGUCCAGAGGCUCUAGAAAAAGCUCUUCGUACUCUAGAUCUGAGAGGUCAUUGAGAAGUGAAAGGUCAACCAGGUCAGAGCGAUCACAUUAUCAUGAUUCUGAUCGGCGAUCCCAUCGGAGCACCCCACACAGGGAGAGGAGUUGUUCAUCCCGUUCCCGAACUGACAUAAGAUCCCGAGACAGUUCAGAGUCUGAGGAUGACCACAGGAGGACUCGUUCCCGGGGCAGUGACUCCAAAAGAUCCUCUACCAAUUCCAUCUCCCACAGGGAGUCCAAAACCACCACCACCUCCUCUUCUUACUCGAAAUCCGAAAAGGACUGUAAAACAACAGAACCGUCUCACUCAUCAGAGACUGAAAAAAAGAUGCAAUCUAACUCUAGGUCUGAGAGAGACUCUAGAAGGAAUGUGGACCUGGAGUCCAUCAGAAAGACUUCUCCUGAGAUGGAACUAGACCGCAGGAAGUCCAAUGCUGGGUCCAAAUUGGAGAGCAGUGUGAAUUCAACUCAUUCCAAACCCAGAACCCGAUCUCAGACAUCAGAGAAAGCAUCCCAGAAAAUGACCUCUAGCUCAGAAUCAGAAGAGGAGCAAGAGAAAUCUCAGUUGCACAGUUCAGAAACAUCAUCCUCUGCCUCAGGGUCAGAUGAGAGGCAAACCACAUCUGCUAGUAAGAUGGAUAAACCUGAUGUGAAAAGAUCAUCAUCCCCCAAGCCCACAGAUCUGCAAAAGCCAACCACGGAGACAAAUAAAUGUGUUCAGGAGACCGAGAGACAAUCAAUGGGCAAGUCAAGUAGUCCCAAAACAGUGACAUUACAGUCAGAUACCAACAAAUUGUGUUCACAGACAGAAGAUGGAGGAGGAAUGAAAGAGUCCUGCCCCACAAACAAUAGUCAGUGUAAUGAAAUGGACAGUAAACAAUGCUGCCAUGAUGCCACACCCUAUUUGAAAGACUUUCAAAACCUAACUGUGCCUGAACCUGGACUCACUGAUUCCUCAUUAGCUCAGGACUGUAAACAAAGUGGCCCUCCUGACAAAAUUAAGUCUUUCAUUAAGAUUGAAAAACUAUCUACAUACAGUUUACGUUCUCACUCUAAAGUGCAAAAGUUCGAUGUUGCAAAAGAACUUGGUGAUCUCCCUUCCCCAUCCAUGCCUGACCUACAGAACGUCCAGGCUCUGGAUACAAAUAAGGCUCUUACUAUGUAUGAUGAUACUGAUGUUGACUCACGGGAGCCUAAAGCCCAGCCAUCUGCUGAAAGUUCUCAACAGGAACAUCCAGAUUGUCCAGGACGUGAUAUAGACUCUUCUGCACUUCCUCAGUCCUUAGUUGAUAACAGGGAAGAGACGGCUACAGCAUCAUGUGAGAUCCCUGUUGACUCAUGUGUGACAAUGGUCAGCUGCGAACAACCUUCCAACCUUGGCAGUCUAUGCAGCUCUUUGGAUAAUGUGCCAUUGUCUAAUGUAUCAUCUACAGAGAUUAGUUUGGAACACAGGACAGGUGUGCUCAAGACUGCUGAAGAAGACAAGACAGUAAUAAAUGUGGAAAGGGUUUGCAUGGAAGAAGAUGUGGAAGUUACAAAUGACCUGCCAUCUCACAUGACAAAGUCAUCCCCGGAGGGCAUUAAUGUUGGUAAAGACAUAGCUGUUGGAAACAUUCAGAGACUUCCAGAAUUAAAACAAGACAACCAGCAUUCCCAAACGUCUCUAGAAAUAUGCACUGAUGAGCAAUUAAUACAGAAAGAGUCUCCCUUAACCAACUGCAGUGCCUUUUCCAAAGAUGAACCAUCAUUGUGCAUUGAGGCACUUUACCUGAGAGGCUGUGAUUCUCCUACUAAGUCAGAAAUUCCUAAUAAUGCUGACUCCCCUUAUAGUGGACUUUCACAUUGUAAUACCAGCACGUAUAAACUAAUUUCCUCUGACAGAGAAGAGACUGGGAGUUUACAGUCUAGCACUGUUUCUCUGGAAGAGGGAUCCUUUUCGAAGGUCGAUAGUUGCUCAGUUAAAGAUUUAAAUCUCACUCUUAAUGAAUUUGCUAGUAGUAACGUUACAGAACAAAAAAAUGCACCCAUUUCAAAACCAACAAAAGGUAAUGUGAAAAAAUCUCGCUGGGAUAUAGUUGGACAGGAGACAUCAGAUCAAGAAACCUCACCAAGAAGAUCCAGACUGGAGACCAAACCAUAUAUUAAAAAGGUAGUCUCAGUUCGCAGGAUACACCUGUCAAAAGACUCAAACCCAGACACUAAAGAGAUUUGUAUGAAAGAGGAACCAAUUUUCAAACAAGAAUGCCCCGUAAUAGUGGAACAUAACUUGAAUGAGGACCACGUAAAUGUAGCUGGUCUAUUUUCGGCAGCCAAAGUGGCAGAUGUGAAAACAGAAGAAACUGUUGACCAAGCAGAUAGCUCCCGGGUGAGGCAGCAGAAGAAUAUCUCCGAUAUUAAAUCCAAGCCAGAGCCAUUAAACGCACCCACGCAGCCGUUCUUUGAGGACGAUAGUGAUGCAUUUAAAAACAAUGAGGAAGAAAUGGUUGUAGGGUGCAGCACCAUAAAUGAUCCCCAAGGAACUCAGCUGCCUUUGGUUGCAAAUGAAGAAGGAUUAAAGAAGGAAGAGGAGGAGGAGGAUAUGGUAAGACAAAGGCAGUGUUUGUGGAAGAGCAAGCCAGACAGCAGCAACAUGUCCUUAGAACGUGAGGGCGAAGAUAGUGAGGACAGUGAGACAGAGGAGUCCGAUUUGGAUUCGGACGACAGUGGUGUUCCCAGGAACCGGCUGCAAUCAGUGGUUGUUGUGCCAAAGAACUCCACUUUGAUCAGUAUAGAAGGCAGAGCCAUCAUAACACCAUCAUCAAGUCCCAGUAACAGCCCUGGCCGACCCUCUUCAGACUGGGCCGAGCACAGCUGGACUGAGCCUUUUGGCCGGGGUGCAGAUAGGGAUGGAAGUGGGGAGGGAACUCGGAGGGACACAUCCAGGAGUCGAAGUGUCAGCCCCGAGAGAAGGCGACGAGGGGGUCCCGUCAAGAUGUCAGAGAGUUGCAAGCGGGUUCAUGAAGUUCCCACUGCAGACACAAUUUCAUUCCCCCAGAGUACAGGCUACCCUUCACAAAGCAAUAUGGUGGACAGCACCAGCCAGUCUGAAGCAUCGCGAGCUCACUGUUCUCAGCACCACACAAAACCCACACAGACCCAUGGCCAGGAUAAACCGAAGACCUUGACUACACUUGGCUCGGUCCAUGACCCUCAGAACUCUUGGGGUGAAUUGGACCUGGGAGACUCACGGCACUAUGAGAGGCCCGACAGCUGGCAGGGGAGGAAGUGGGGGAGGAGGUUACCCCGCUACCAGCCUGGGGACUUCACCAGGGCCGAUGGGUUCUGCAACAAGGAUGACUAUAAUCUGGGCUGGGAUUACACUCAGGCAGAGCAGCCCACCAGUACGUACCAGCAGCCAGAUAGCAGUCAUGGAGUCCAUCUUGACAAAACCUACCAACUACAACAGCAGCAGCAACAGCAAAAUCCCCUACAAGAAGUAAUCCCUCUGACUGGACAGCCUUGGUGGCAAGACAAUGGCUACUGGGCACCCCCGGGGCCCCAGAGCUGCAGGCCUGUGUGUCCACCUAUGGCUUUGCAGUACCGGGAGUCUGUGGGCCAGGUACAUCCCGAUUCACUGACCAAUGACUAUGAUGAUGAGAGUCGAGGUAAAUCAGGCCCCAGCCUGACCAGCCUUUUGGACAGCAGUGUUUCAGCUACAGCUCCCUGUGAUCCCCCUCCCUCUGCACCUUCCUCUUUCGUCCAGGCAAAUGAAGUCAGCAGCAACUGUAGAGGGCCUAUCAGUGCUGCUCCAGAGAGCUCGGCCAUUUCAGAGGCCCCCAGGGAAGAAAGUUGCAAGCCCCACAGGGGUAGAGGACCCCCCAAGAAGAGACGUCCAGAGCUGGAGUCGGACUCUGAGAAUGAAGCAGAAGUGGGUCCCUCCAAGAAGGAGCGUUUAAGGGAGGGUGAUAACUCAGGAACCUCAGUCGCAUUAUUGGAGACCCCAUCCCAGAUUCCAGAGGCUGUCUGGCCUCAUCUCAGUUUGCAGGACUUCCUGGACCCAGUUACCUGGAAGGAUAGAGCCAAGAUGGGGCAGAUGCCACCUUACUUUGACCUGAUUGAGGAAAACCUCUACCUCACUGAACGGAAGAAGAACAAGUCUCACCGGGACAUCAAGAGGAUGCAGUGUGAGUGUGCGGUGCUGCCGAAGGAGGAGCGAGCGCAGGGGGCGGUGGCCUGCGGAGAGGACUGUCUCAACCGCCUGCUGAUGAUUGAAUGUUCUUCGCGGUGCCCUAAUGGAGGGUACUGCUCGAACCGGCGGUUCCAGCGGAAGCAGCACGCGGAGUUUGAGGUCAUCCUGACAGACAGCAAAGGCUGGGGUUUGCGGGCGGCGAAGGACCUGACACCCAAUACCUUCGUCCUGGAGUACUGUGGGGAGGUGCUGGAUCACAAGGAGUUUAAAGCCCGUGUGAAAGAGUAUGCCCGCAGCAAGAACAUCCACUACUACUUCAUGGCCCUGAAGAACAAUGAGAUCAUUGAUGCCACGUUGAAAGGGAACUGCUCUCGGUUCAUGAACCACAGCUGUGAGCCGAACUGUGAAACGCAGAAGUGGACUGUGAAUGGCCAGCUCCGAGUCGGGUUCUUCACCACCAAAGCUGUCUCUGCUGGCACGGAGCUCACCUUUGACUACCAGUUCCAGAGAUACGGGAAAGAGGCCCAGAAGUGUUUCUGCGGAGCAACCAGUUGCAGAGGAUUCUUAGGCGGGGAGAAUCGAGUCAGUAUCCGGGCCGCUGGUGGAAAAAUGAAGAAGGAGCGAACCCGGAAGAAGGACUCGGUGGAUGAGGAGCUCGAAGCACUGCUGGAGAACGGGGAGGGACUGUCUGAUGAGAAGCAGGUGGUGUCCUUGUGCCGGCUCAUGGUAAGAGUAGAAACCAUGGAGCAGAAGUUCACCUGCCUCAAACUCAUCCAGAACACUCAGAACCCAGCAUGCCUGAAGCAGUUCCUGGAUCACCAUGGCCUUUCCCUGCUCUGGAUCUUCAUGGUGGAGCUGUCUGAGGGCAAAGGCAACUCCAGCAACAAUAUCAAACUGCAGCUGGAGAUCAUGAAGAGCCUGGCAGUGUUGCCCAUCUCCACAAAGAAUAUGCUGGAGGAAAGCCGCGUGCUCCACUUCAUCCAGCGCUGGGCCCAGACGAAGACCCUGCUCCCUGCUGCAGAGCUGGAUGGCUACUCCAGUGAGAAUACAUCCCGUGCCCAGACGCCUCUGAACACCCCCGACGGCCCCCCUGCCAAACCCGGCCCCGAGCUUGACAGUGAGACGCCCAAGAGGGCUGUGUACCGCCGCCUGAAGAUCAUCAGCGAGAACAGCAUGGACAGUGCCAUCUCUGACGCUAGUAAGGCCUCUGAUGGGAAGGAGGAUGACGAAGAGGAAGAGGAGGAAGAAGAGGAGGCCGAUUCUUCUCAGGCUGAUCCCACUGAAAAUGGUCAGGCUCAGUCGGAGGCAGCAGGAGAGCUGCAGACUGAUGGAGAAGGGCAGGCAAGGGAGGAAAGGCUAGAGCCCGUCCAGUUCGCCAGCAGUGCUGAGGCCAAGAAGCAGGAGAGCCAGGAGGCGGUGGAGAAGGAGGAAGAGGGCAAGGAGGAGGAAGCACAGCCCAGCCAGGCCGAAGAAGCAGCAGGCGAGUCGGAGCCGGAGAUUCGGGUCUUGCAGGAAGAACAGAGCCAACCCGCUGCAACUGAGGCCUGCAAGCUGGAGGAGACGGGUGCUGCAGAGGCCACUGUUACGGAAGCGACUCCUGCACCGGAGCCUGUUGCCACCGAGUCGGUCACUACUGCCGAGACCGUUCCUGCGGAGACAGUGGCUACAGAGUCCAUUGGAGCAGGGGAAACGGUUGCUGUGGAGACGCCCUCACAGGACGAGGAGGAGGGCGUGUCCGAUGUGGAGAGUGAGCGCAGCCAGGAGCCAGUGCAUAAGGCUGUGGACAUCAGUGACAUGGCUGCCCGUCUGCUGGACAGCUGGAAAGACCUGAAGGAGGUGUACAGAAUACCCAAGAAGAGCCAAGUGGAAAAAGAGCCCUCUGAGCGGAGUCGGGACGGCUCCAACGCGCGGGAACCCCCACUGACGCCCCGCACCCCUUCCAGCAGCCGCGAGCGGGACCGGGAGAGGGAGCGGGACCGAGAGAGGGAGCGGGACCGGGACAGGGACGGAGAGAGGACGCCACGCAGCGCCGAGCGCCGCCGCCGCCGCUCCUCCCUCUCCCCCCCACCCUCUGCCUACGAGAGGAGCAGCCGGUAUGACCCCCCGAGCAGCAGUAAGAAGAAAGGCCGGACGAAAGAGAGGAACAAGCUGUCGACGGAAGAGCGCCGGAAGCUGUUUGAGCAGGAAGUGGCACAGCGAGAGGCCCAGAAACAACAGCAACAGCAGCUUCACACGCUGGCUGUCAGCUCACCCAUGACCUACGAUCCCCUGAGCUACGCUUCCAGUCCGCACCCAGGGUUCAUGGGAUACCCACCUGGAUAUCCUAUGCAGACAUAUGUGGACCCCACCAACCCCAACGCCGGCAAGGUGCUGCUGCCAACUCCUCCCGGCGAACCCCUCUGUGGCACCCUGCCUUAUGAGCAGACACCCCCCCAGCCCCUGCUUUCUGAGCCUAGCCUGGCCUCUCCUUCCCCAGCCUCCCAGCCGCAGCCCGUCUCCGGCCAGCAUGUGCCCACGCCUCUCGAGGUCUCUGGCACGCCGCAGUACGUGCAGCCCAGUGUGCCACAGGACCCCGCUGUGGCCGUUCUCUCUGUGCCAGCGCAGACCCCCAGUCCACAGGUGCAGGGCCAGCAGGGCUAUGCCCUCUGGGAUCCAAGCACUCAGCAGGCCCUUACAGUGCAGGCACAGCCCCAGCAGUACCAGACUGCCCAGCCCCAGACUGCCAUCUACUACCAGGGCCAGCCGUGCCAGGCUGUGUACAGCAUCACUACACCCUACCCCCAGCCCAGCCCUCCUGUCAUCCAGAGCUAUGCCCAACCUGCCACCAGCUAUCUUCAGGGCCAGCAGGUCUAUCACCAGCAAGGGAUGGUAUUGCAGCAGGCGGGUGUCACCACCAUUGUCACGGCACAGACUGUCCAGCAGGAGCUGAUGGUGUCGAACAGUCUGAUGGACCUACCGCCGCCUUCGCCACCCAAACCCAAGACCAUUGUCCUUCCACCCAACUGGAAAGCAGCACGUGACCCAGAGGGCAAGAUCUACUACUACCAUGUCAUCACCAGGCAGACGCAGUGGGACCCCCCCUGCUGGGAGGGCGGCAGCGAUGAUGCCAGUGUGGAUCAUGAAGCCGAGAUGGACCUGGGGACACCUACUUACGAUGAAAACCCCACUAAGUUUUCCACGAAGGCCAAGACAGCCGAGGCUGACACUUCCAGUGAGCUGGCGAAGAAGAGUAAAGAGGUGUUUCGGAAGGAAAUGUCGCAGUUCAUCGUGCAGUGCCUGAACCCCUACAGAAAGCCAGACUGCAAGCUGGGCCGCAUCAGCAACACCGAUGACUUCAAACACUUGGCAAGAAAGCUGACGCAUGGCGUGAUGAACAAGGAGCUGAAGUCCUGUAAGAACCCCGAAGACCUGGAGUGCAACGAGAAUGUGAAGCACAAAACCAAGGAGUACAUCAAGAAGUACAUGCAAAAAUUCGGGCCCGUCUACCGGCCGAAAGAGGACCCCGAGGUUGACUAGCAUUUCCCUGCCGUGCUCGUCCAGAGACUCUCGCCGCGAGGAGGCUAGGACAGGAAAGCACGGGGCCGCGCGAUGUGGGGGUGGGAUAGGGGCAUCUGACCUGCUCAUUCGUACCCCCCACUGCCUAACGGAGUGCAGUCGUCACUUUCCUGGGGCGCACACAAGGGCUGCGGUCUUCCCCAGCGGAACGGGGAGAGGGUAUGGCACCGGAUAUUCCUGUAGCUCCGGACCGUGCGCCAGGAUAACGGGUAGGACACCUUCCCCACCCCUCCGAAAAGCCUCCAGUUGUUCUUGCAGUCCAAGAGAGAGAUGGAGAGACCCACCGUUCGCCCCGUUCUCCCCACAGCUACCCCACACCUCCCCUAUGAGUAUGCUGCACUCUGCCUCCCCGAAUUACGUGGGCCCCGGUUUGGUUUCAGAGAACCAGGGUGUUUUCCGUGACGGGCUCGCCCUGAUUAACUCAUUUUUUAAAAAAAAAUAUUUUUUAAUCUAAAAGAAAAAUCUGACUUUACAUGUCUCACACUGCUGUAGUGUGUCAGGAGAUUUUUUGUAAGUUUUUUUUUAAACUGUGAAUAUAGAGGUCCUGCGUCACAAAGCAGGGAUAACACUUUUUACAGACUUAUAGACAACACUCAUGUACAGCCUUUCAUUCGUGUUCGUGGCCAGUUUCUUCUCCCCUUUCUCCUCACUGGGCUGCCAUCAGCACCAGGACCCUGAUGGAGAUGGCAGCCUGUGAAAAAUUGAUUGACAGCUUGACAUUAGCUAUGCUGACUGAUAGUUUACUGUGCCAGUAACAUGCCAGUUACCACCUUCUGACCAUUAGAACCCCCUAAGCUCUUUGUAGACAGUACCUCCUGAUCCAGGGCUGGAAAUUGCAUGGCAGAUCAGCUGCACUCCAUUGUUUUCUCUUUCCCAUCUUUUCCCAAAUUCUUCAAUAAUAUUUUAGCCCUGUAAAUUCUCUCCAGUGAUUUCUUGCUGUGUCCUUUAUGAAAUGUAAUAAAGGAUAACAAAAGACCAUUCACUUCUGUGACUAGGGCGGUGUUUGUUUUUUGAGUGUUACGAGGUGGAAUUUAAUGCAGUUGUUUAAAGCCAGUAGCCUACAAUGAUCAGUGCAGUCAGUGUUUUCUCUCGUACAUUCUGUUGCGUAGCAUAACGAUGCAGUGAUUUCCACUUCCGGCCCUAGGAAACCUUCUAUGUCUCCAAUCUCUUCACUCCCUAGGAGAGUAAAAAAUGCACCAGUGUUUAUAUUAACUAUGCCUUCAGAUUGCACUGUACAUAGAUCAGUUGUACUGUUAACGGGGACUAGGGAUGUAAUUCUGAGUGUGUGGAUUGAGCAUGUACAGUAACCCCCUUCCCUUUUGGCGUCGGGCAUCAGCAAUGAGGAAGCCAAGCUGAAGAAGGAAUGGUGGGCGAUUCGUUUUUAUGUCUGGCCUAAAAAUCAUGUCUUCUGCCUCUUGCCGUUCUGUUUGUCGUCAGAUCCUCAGUCACGCACAAAAACAGAGGUGGCACUUUGGCUUUUUACUGCCUGUCGAAGGAAAACGUGCAUAUUGUAACAAGAAUUCUUAACAUUUGAGGAGCAUUACAACUGAAAGUGUGCAAUCGUGCUUUGUUUGAGGGGGAGGUAAUUGAAAUAGGUUCCGGCAUAUGAAAUGAAUUACUGUCAGCACCAGCUGUGGGGACUAAGUUUGGCUUUUGCCUUGUUCCGCUGUCUCUUUGUCAGCCCUUCCUUGCCCCUCCCAUGCUGUUCAGUUGGGCCCUCUCCGCUCUCUCCAUUAGCUUUUAAUUGCAUUAAAUUUCUCAACACCUGUAUUAUAGUGCUUUAACAUAUAUGUGAAUAUAUUGAUAAAUUCUUUUUUUUUGAAUGUUGAGAAUGUUUAAAAAUCCACGAUCAUUUGUAAAAGACUGUUGUUCCAUGUUUUAAUAUGUAAAUAUAUAAUAAAACCAGGAAAUAGCUCAUGGAAAUGUGGCAAGGAGGCUAGCAGAAUAUUCUGAAUGCGUCCCGCAGAACCUCUCGGGAGCUCCUGUACCAUUCACACAAGGUUACAGUAUUUUAUUGAUAAUCACUGCUUUUUCGUCAUUUUAGUUCUGUUCCUAUUUUUACUGAUAAACCUGGAUUUCUAUGUAAAAAGGGGGCCUCGCCACCACUCCUCUGUAAUUACAGUGCGAGGACAUUGUCAUACUGAGUGUAAAACAUUUUAAAAGAAAAUAAACCUUUUUUGUAAAAAUUUA